GUGGCAGUUGACGCCGGUGCCGAGUGGCCCACUGAGCCCCAUCUCUAUCAGAGAACACGAGUAUUGCUACGGACAGUUGCGGUAGCCUUCUGGCUGGGAUAUUUUUCUGUCGUUGGACCACAUAAAUACAGAUAAAUUCCGGAAUGCCUUCGAGUCACAACGUCCAAGGUGGGAAGGCCUUUGGACAAUUAAAGGAGCAACAGAGACAAAAAUUGGAAGAAAUAAAUAAGGAAUACUUGGAAGACCAGAAAUACAGGGAUGAAGAAGACCUGGCAGAGAAAUUGGAGGGUUUUAAAAAUAAAUAUGCUGAGUUUGACCUGAAUGACCAGGGGGAGAUUGAUCUGAUGGGUCUGAAGAGAACGAUGGAGAAGCUGGGGGUACCCAAGACCCACUUGGAGUUGAAAAAAAUGAUCGUAGAAGUGACCGGUGGCAGCAGCAACACCAUCAACUACAGAGACUUUGUCAAGAUGAUGCUUGGCAAGCGCUCAGCUGUGCUCAAACUUGUCUUGAUCUUUGAGGACAAAGCCAACGGAUCCCCCUGCAAACCCUCAGGACCUCCUCCAAAGCGGGACAUUGCUAGCCUGCCUUAAGCGUAGACCUCCAGACUAGCAGUGGAGUAGAGGGACCAUCGGUGGUUGUGUGGAUCCGAGCCGUUGUUUUUAACUUGUGGAGUGUUGUAAUAGUGUGGGACCAGUGAUUGAGGAUGUUACUUUGUGAUUUACAGUAUGAGCGAAGUGUCUGUUACUUGGAAGUCUGAGCCCACGACUCACUAAAUAAUGUUUGACUGUGAAUAUUAUUCUUUUUUUUCCCCAUAAUGAAAAUGUAGCAAUGAUAGCUGUAGAUGUAAUCUGCUUGGAAAAUUACAUUUUGUAGUAAGUGUUCCAUUGUUAUAUUUUAAGGGAAGUUGCUAAAUUCUUUUUUCUUUUUUUCUUUUUUUUUCUUCCAUGUUCCCAUGUUUUGUGAAUUUUAAGAUUUUAAGAGCAGCAUGCUUUGGGGGGAAGCACAAGGAAAAGUUUCGUCGAUUUUCCAACAUAUUUUUGCACUGUCCUCAGUGGUCUUGGAUGGAUUCCUGCCAGGCUAAUCUUGGUCAGCGUCUCGCUUUAGAUCAGGUGCCAGAGAUUUCAGACCCAACCCAUUUCCUCUGGGUCACAGUCAUCAGCCUUUUGAGUCCAAAUACUGAUCUGGAAUCAGUAACAAUGUUAUCAUGACCACAUCAUGAUCUAGAGAAGAAAAAAAAAAAAAAAAAACACAUUUCUGUGGGUGAGAGAUCAUGUUGACCGUGGGACUUUCAGCUUCAGUAUGUGCUUGUUGAUCAAAGGCAUAUGCAGAUCUGUAACGUUAAGCACAUAUUCAUUUUGGAAGGAGUGUGAUUUACAGGAACACAAUAACACUACAGGCAUCACUAAUGUACAUAAAAACUACUUCAUACAGUACAAUCAUAUUCUUUCCAAGUGCCUCAACAUGCAGAUAAAAUAGAGGGAGUGCACACAGAUGUUCAGUUCAAGCAGUCCUUUUAGCUUGUGAAGUCCGGAAGAACAUGACAUAAUGUUGUUUGAUAUUUUUAAAAAAAGAUCGUUUUAAUGAUAUUUGUUGAAUGAUGUUGAUAUGGUGUUUAUUUUUGCGUUCCACAGCUGUCUGAGUGAGUGGAUUUCACAAGUGGUGGAUUUUUUUUUUUUUAUAUAUACACAUAUAUAUAUAUAUAUAGCAUCUGUUUUAUUUCCCUUUUCUUACCAUUCUGUAUUUUAAUGUAUCUGCGAACGUGUAACGUGUUUUAUCAUUUGACUGUUCAAGCGUCUUCAUAACCUCCAUGUGGUUUUCAUUUCACCGUCUCGAAUGCAUCCCAUCCUCACAUUGUUUCAGCAGCUUGUCAUCGUUCUGUUUAACCAUCCUGUGAUUUGUGCCUCAGAGUUUGUCUCCACUUUUAACUUUCCUUUAACUUACACUGUUUACUGUGACAUUGACACAUGUAGUCUCUUUUUUUUUUAACUCGCUUUAAUAUUACUAUGUUGUUUGCUGUUUAUUUUAGUUAUCUCACCAUCUGUAAGAUGCACAUUGUUUGCAGACACCAAAGGAAUUAAAAUUCUUCUUACACUGGUC